UCAUGUUCAUGUCCGUAAAUCCGUUUGAAUCAUAGGCAAUAUGCCCUCUAGUGUUCAACGCAAAGAAGUGCAUUAUUUUACUGAGAGAUUGGUAGCUUCCGGAGGCAUAUUCCGGACAGCACAACACCGGAAAAGAGAAUUUCGCAAGUACACGGAGAUCACGGAGGCUCCUGUAGCAAUGCGUGGGUAACGGCGUUUUCGCAAACGCACACAGCUGUAUGGAAACAAGGCACACUAAUUAGAAUUUCGAAACAGCAAAUAACUAUGAUGAACGAGAGGCUCAUUAUGUCGGUUUUUCGCCACCCCGUGGUAUGGAACAUGCGCAUGGAACACUACAGAGAGAGAACCAGAACCAAUAACGCUUGGAAACAAAUCAGCGUUGAACUGAGCCUGCCAGAGAAAGACUGGCGGAGGAAAUGGCGGGAUCUUGGAGACCGGUGUGUGCGGGAGAGGAGGGAGGCUACAGAGCCCACCACCGGGGCCACUAUGGCCAGCCACCGGAGAGCCUGGGGCGCCGCACCCCUGCUGGCUUUCCUGGACCCCUUCAUAUCCUCCAGACCGGCAACAGCAACAUCAAACCUGCCCAAGAUGGAGACUGAAGCUGUGCGUGACGGGCCCAGUGACGUGGAGGCCGAGAACGAGAGAGAAUGGACAGACGAAGGUGUGCCUGACCGCUCGAGUGUGGCGAGAGGCCGCGUGAACGAGAGCACACCUGAGGGAUCGAGUGUGGCGAGAGGCUGUGUGAACGAGAGUGCGUCUGAUGUGACGGUUGUGGUGAGCGAGAGGGUCAAUGAGAAUGCGGCUGAGGGGUCGAGCGCUUUGAGGAAGAGGAUAAGGGUGAGUGCGCAUGACAGAACAGGUGCGGAUUCAGAGCGAGGGCCAGGGGGGCUUCUGGGCAGGAAGCGAAAGGUGGGAGGGAGAGACGUUCUCAGCGAGUUUGAGGCCAACCUCCUGCUGGCCCUCGAGAAGAUGAAAACCCCUCCUCCUCCUCCUCCUGCCCCCGUCCAGGAUGAAGAUGAGCUCUUUCUACUGAGCCUUCUGCCAGCGCUGCGCAGGCUGGACAUCAGGGACAAGGCACGAGUGAAACUGGACAUACAUCGCCUCGUUUACCAAGCGGAAUUUCAGCUGUCACAAGGCACGAGUGAAACUGGACCUACAUCGCCUCAUUUAAGCGGAAUUUCAGCUGUCACAAGGCACGAGUGAAACUGGACCUACAUCGCCUCAUUUAAGCAGAAUUUCAGCUGUCACAAGGCACGAGUGAAACUGGACCUACAUCGCCUCGUUUGCGGAAAUUCCUUGUCAUUUGGGAUGUGUUAAAGCACUUCUUCCAUGCCUUUUUGCAUUUCCUGACCUUGUCCAGCGUGACUGUAGAUUCAUACAGGACACUCUCUGCUCGUCGUCCAGGACUCUGACCCCCACCCAGCUACCUCACACAUCGCACCUUGUGGGAUCUUCUCAGUAUUCCUAGGGAGCUCCAGCACCUUCACAGCCUCGUUCAGCUGAGCAUUGGUCUUCAGCUGAGGAGUAUACAGUACACAGACAGACUGCACUAACCCACGCUAUCUGGCAGCUGGCUCAUCCAACGCAGUCAAGUUGAGUCACUUCUUCGAUAAGGUUAUAGAGAAGAGAUAUUUUACUAAGGACCCAAGCCAGCUCGCAGGUUUCACAGACCGAAAGCGUUUCAACUUCAAGAGUCUGCACUACGACUGAGCCUGACUGCAAGACCACACACACACACACACACACCCACAGGGGGCUGUGGUUUCCUCUACUGCUAGUUCAGCCAUUGCCAUCAACCCUUCUGCCAUUUGCUCUCGUUUGGUCUCAGCUAGCCUCCUCAUUUCUUGUACAGACAGCUCAAAACAAACUAAAUAAAGCGUCUUAACACUUA